AUGGCGGGGUAUCUGCGAGGAAAGCAAGCUGGCAUUCAAAAUGACUUGUCUGCCAGCAUCCGACCAGAGCUUUUCGCUCCCGACUACCAAGCUCGAUAUGGCAUCAACUCUCAGAUAAGCUGCUUCGCCUACGACCCAGUCCAGUCACUUCUUGCCAUCGGCACGAGCGAAAGCAAAUUUGGAGCGGGUAGAAUUUAUGUGUUGGGCCAGCGCCGGGUGCAAAAGGUGCUGCAACCACCACGGGCGACGUCGUUCAGCAGGCUGCACUUUUCCGCCAACCACAUUAUCAGCCUCGACACGAAGAACGAGCUCAGAAUAUGGGACCUGAGCACUGGCGCGCGGGUCGGUGCCCAGGUGGUGGCUGGAACUGUGGUGGCCCUGGUUGUUGAUCCGAUGCUGGACUGGGCCUUUAUCGGUCUGCAGAAUGGCGACAUAAUGGCGUAUGAUUUGGAUCGCCACUCGCUCUCGCGCUCAUUCCGGCUUCCCAACUUUUGGAAGGAGCGAGAUCCGGGUGCGCGAGCUGUGACUUUGGUCUGCAUGACUAUGCACCCACGCGAUGUGGGCAAGCUACUCAUUGGCUACACGCAUGGCGCUGUUACAUACUCUUUCAAGCAAAACAAACCGGUGCAAUACUUCGAAUACGUCGUCCCACGUGGUGCCCCUGGGGGAAAUGGAGCCAAUACGGAUACAGUUCGCAAACCGAGACUCACGCAUGCCCUAUGGCACCCUUCUGGCACCUUCAUUCUGACGGCCCACGACGACGGCAGUCUAGUCUUCUGGGAUCUGAAAGACCCCAGAGUCGUGCUCGCACGAACUCUCACGGCUACUGGAAUUGAACUGCCAGCAUCUGCCCCUGCCCAGCCAGCCUUUAUUGAGCCAUAUACUAGAAUAGCCUGGUGCUGCAAGGAGAACUGCGACGAUUCAGGUCUCCUUAUUGCUGGAGGACACCCUUCCACUUCGACAGAAAAUAGUCUCACCUUCAUCGAUCUCGGUCUCACGCCCGCCUAUGCAACAUCAUCCUGGCAGCUCCUCGCGAAUUACUUCCAUGGCAAGCGGAGUAUUCCGUUGACGCUGCCGCCCGGAGCGCAAGCAGUCGACUUCCUCCUGGUUCCACGCUCCUCGCCACACUUCCACGGUGCACAGGAUCCAAUUGCGGUUCUCGUAUUACUUAGCGCCGGUGAGCUUGUUACUCUUAGCUUCCCGUCCGGCUACCCGAUUAGCCCAACGAACCAGCUCCACCCCUCGACAUUCUUCGUGCACCCCUUCAUUACCAAGGUAAAUGUCUCCAGUCUCGAGCGGCCGAGAUGGCUGUCCAUGAUUGAAAAGAGAGACCAAGGAGAGCCGCUUCUCAAGGGUGGUGCGGAAGGUGCUAGACCUCGCAAGCGUUUUGAGGAGAGAACAAUCAUACAAGCAGCUCAUGCCGAUAGCAUAGUUCGCAUCUGGGAUUCGGGCCAUGCCGACGACAUUGAGAAUGCACAGCCUAUUCAGGUUGACAUUGCCCGCGCACUUGAUCGCUAUGAUGACAUUGACAUCUCGUGCAUGAGCAUGGCUAGCAACACUGGUGAAUUCGUUGUCGGCACUAGAACGGGCGAGGCGAUUGUCUUUCGAUGGGGGAAGAACCGAUUCCAUGGCAAAACUGAAGCGUCCCCUAUUGACCCCAAUCCCAAGGGCCUCACUGAUAUCAGCUCUCGCGCAGAACCAAACCUCAAAGAAGGGUUGCAACCGUUUGUUUUGUAUGAAAUGAUGAUGGGACCAAUCACGGCAGUGAAACUUUCCGACGUUGGCUUCGUUGCUGUGGGAUCCGAGCUCGGAUUCCUUACCUUCAUCGAUCUUCGCGGUCCGCAAAUAAUAUACCAAGCUCCCAUGACCGACUUUGCUAAGCAAGAAAAGCGUGGCUCGCUCUUCAAGGGCCACAGUCGCUCCGACUCUACCCCCCAUAAGGAGUGGCCUGUUGUCAUGGAGUUUGGUGUCAUGACACUGGAUGAUGACAAGUAUUCUAGCAUAUGCUGCUUUGUGGGCACCAAUCUCGGCAAGGUCAUCACGUUCAAGCUUCUCCCCGCCGCGAAUGGUACCUAUUCGGUUCAGCUGGCCGGCGUCUUGGUCCUUGACAGCAAAGUUGUCUCGCUCAACGCUAUCGAGGUCAACACGGGCCGACCUGCCGCGGCCACUGGACAGACUGUUGCUGGUCUACGCGAUGGCAGACAGGUGAAUGGUGCCGUUGUUGCUGUUACGCAAACCGAAAUACGCAUCUUCCACCCCGCCAACUCAAAGGGCGCCUCCAAGGAAUUCGACAAUUUGCUGUGCGAUGCGGCGGCUGUUGCAGAGCUCGAGCUCCAAGGUUACGCAAUCGUCGCAGUAUUUGGCGACCGCACAGCGCGGGCCUUUUCCAUUCCCGCGCUGAAGGAAAUCGGCAAGGCUGAUCUUCCCACUGUGGACCCUACUAGAAUCACUGGCACUGUAGUAACGCAGACCGGCGACAUUUUCGCUUGGACUGGGCCCAGUGAAUUAGAGGUCAUUCACGUCUGGGGUACCGGAAAGACAAUGGAAGACUCCCCAGACGUGCUUAUUAACCCGAAGCUUGGGUGUCCACCUCGCCCUGCCAUUUCCAAUCUACAAUGGAUCUCUGGAACGCAGUUUGUAUCGGUUCUCGACCUCGAUAUUCUCGUUGGUGGCCCUGACCGGCCACCAAGCAAGCGCAUGCUCGAGGCUGCCGCCGCCGAGCAGCGGGCUGCUCGGCAAGGCGCUGCAGGAAGCUCUGCGGCGGGGGGUGCCCAAGAAGGAUGGGGCUCGUACUUGUCUCGGCAACUAGCCGAACGAACAGAGAAGCUGAACAUUAUGGGUGAUAGCAUGGACAAUCUGCAGGUUCAGAGCCAGGGCUGGGCGGACGAUGUCAAUAAAUACAUGGGCAAGCAGAAACGCGGACUUGUCAUGGGAGCUCUCAAGAGCAAGUUUUUCUAA